GGUGCUGUGCGGAGGGAGUGUGAACGACGGGAAUGUGGAGACACCGGCACGCAGAAAUAUUAUCCGUAUCGUGAGACACGAAACGGUUCGGUAAUCGGCUCAAUUAAAAGCGCAAAUCACACACAAUGGAUGAACUUGAUGACCGUGAUGGAAGUGCUGUGAAGUCUCCGAUCAGAAGACUGGGAUCCACUCGCAAGUUGCUGGUCCUUAAUAAAGGCGAUAAAUCCAGCGAACUGGCGGCUAGAGCACAAGAGGAAUGUUGCCGCAUGACUAAAGAUAUUCGAGCCCAGCUGUCAGAACAGCUGCGCUGUCUGGACUGCCGGUUGGAGUCUCAGGUGUCCCUGGUUGAAGAGCUAAAGGACUACUUCCGGCGUCGUGCUGAAGUGGAACUAGAUUACAGCAAGAACCUAGAGAAACUUGCUCGUACCCUGCAGAUGAGACACAAGGAACAGCGCCAAAAACGAGAACAAUGGCCACUCUUCUCUAGCUACUCCUGUUGGCAGCAGCUUAUCACACAGACUAAGAAUCUGAGCAAAGACCAUGCAGUUCUGUCUGACAUAUACUCCACUCACGUUGUGGGCCGUUUCACGCAAGUUGCAGAGGAUGUACAACGCAUUUAUCGGAGGUGCCGGGAGAUUGGCUAUGAAACGCAUGAAGAGAUCUUGCGUGUACUUCACGAACUUCACACAACAAUGAAAACUUACCACAGCUAUCAGGCAGAGUGCCGGCAAGCUGAAACAAAACUCAGAGUUGCAGAAGCACAGCGAUUGAAGCUUGAACAAAGUCUGCCAAAGGACAAGCUUGACCGUUCCAAGAAGUAUCGCCUGAUUGAAAAAGAAGUACAAAAGCGCAAGAACAAGUACAAUGACGCCAAGCUGAAGGCACUUAAGGCCCGUAAUGAGUACGUGCUAUGCCUUGAAGCCUCUAACACUACUAUUCACAAGUAUUUUGUUGAUGAUCUCUCUGACCUAAUAGACUGCAUGGACUUUGGUUUCCACAACUGCAUUUCUCGAGCACUCUUAAUGCAUGUGAGUGCAGAGGAAACAUGUGCACGUUCUCUGCAAGUGGGUCUAGACCAGAUGACAAGCUCUGUUGGUGCUCUCGACUCGCGACUUGAUAAGCAGAGGUUUCUUGAGGCUCAUCACUCAGCCUUCCUCAUCCCAAAGAAGUUUGAGUUCCAGGGUCAGCGAGAUGAGGGUGCUGACAGUGAGCUACAGAAGUCCCUCCGUGAUGAACUUGAUGCACGACUGCGACAGUUGCAGAAUCGUGUCACGUCCUUAAGGACUGAAUCUGAAGAAGUGUGGAAGACAUUAGAAACUGCAGAAUCUACUCUGCUGGAGAUGCUGGAUGCUCGUGACUAUGACUGUACCUCAUACUUCAACGAAUCCACUACCAGUGCUGCAGUCACAACAAGGCAGCCUGAAGCGCUGUCCCUUAAAUUACGUGCAGAUCGCCACGAGACUGAAGAGUUUUACAUGACGAAAUUCAGAGAGUACCUGAUGAGCACGUCUCGUAUUGCCCGGUUGGACGCAAAGCAGGAGUACCUGAGAGGCCUUUUGGAGAAGGAACGUUCGGGAGAUGGCUCUCCGACAUCCUUACGAUCAGGCACAGGGGCUGGCCCCCCUGGUUCAGGGAACGGAAAGCCGCCACGUCGAAAACGGAUAGGUCGGCCUCAGUUGGGUGGUCAUGGGCAACCAAAGUUAUUUGGAGGGAGCCUGGAAGAGUUUUUGGAAGCCACGGGUCAUGACAUUCCUUUGGUGUUGAAGAGCUGCAUAAGGGUUAUCAACUUGUAUGGUCUUCAUCAUCAGGGAAUAUUUAGAGUGUCUGGUUCCCAAGUGGAGAUAAACAAUUUCAGGGAUGCAUUUGAACGUGGAGAAGACCCACUGGCUGAUGUUACUGAUGCCUCGGAUAUAAAUUCAGUGGCAGGAGUGCUCAAACUAUACUUGAGAGAGCUUCGUGAACCUCUCUUUCCAAUAAUAUAUUUUGAGCAUUUCAUGGAACUGGCACAGCUGGAGUCUAAACAUGAGUUCGUUGUGAAAAUGCGAGAACUAGUCCAGAGCCUUCCUAGAUCUGUGGUUAUUGUAAUGAGAUAUUUAUUUGCAUUUCUGAAUCAUCUUUCAGAGUUCAGCGAUGAGAACAUGAUGGAUCCAUACAACUUGGCAAUUUGCUUUGGUCCCACAUUGGUACCUGUGCCAGAAGAAAAGGAGCAGUACCAAGUACAGUACCAGAAUCAAGUUAACGAACUCAUCAAAAACAUAAUACUUUACCAUGAGGAUAUAUUUCCACUUGAUGGAGGGCCUGUGUAUGAGAAAUUUAUUAGCAAAGAACCAGACGAAAAUGAUGUUGGUGACUCUCCAUCUGACCAUAUCCCGGAGGACAUGGAUUCUGAAGUGUAUCCUUCAGAGGACGAAUCAGAAUGCAUGGAGGCGACUGCACAGUUUGACUUCAUGGCACGCUCAGAUCGUGAACUGAGCUUCAAAAAAGGAGACCACUUGGUGCUGUUUUCGCAAGUUUCCAAUGACUGGUGGCGUGGCAGCAUAGAUGGUCGUGAAGGACUUGUGCCUGACAAAUAUAUUCUUCUCAAAAUCAGGGAUGAGGACAGAGAGAAACUGGAAGGCACUGGGCUGCGUUCCAGCUCAUCAGAGGAAUCCGUACGGCGGCGAGCGUCCGCCUCUGGGUCUGAGGGCUCUGUGCCGUCAGGCUCAGGGUCGUCACCGUCGCCACUGGCUGCUGUCGCGCCGUCAGCGUGGCCACUUCCCCUUGCGGAUACUCCUCAUCAAGAGGUACUGGAGACCACUAUGAUGCAGAUAGUCAACCAGGUGACUCCAGCAGCAGAAGAACCUCAGGCCCCUGAAGAAGAAAGUACAGAAACGAUGGUCCCUGCUGAUGUGCGAUGCCAGUCACCUCUUCCCAAUGUGAUACAGACUCCAGAAAUGGAGGAAGCUGGUGCCAGUGACAGUGGAGCAACACAGGAGGCCCCAUUAGCAGCAAGCAGCCCAUCAGUUCCUGUUGCUCCCAGCCUCAGCCCACCAGCUGUUGUUAAUUUUUCACAGAGCCGCGAGAUUUGGCGCCGCAGGGCUGAAGCGGCUUCUGCCUGUUCACUUACACCUAAGCCUACCCAAGCUCCCUCACCUGUCCCAUCACCGUCACCCGUACCGACACUUCGACAGAAACAGACCCCUGAUCUCGUGAUGGACUUGCCUGACAAGUCACCGUCGCCACCCGACGAAAGCAAUCGAAGUACUGGACCGGAAAGUCCAGAUAUGACCACUGCUGCUGAGCGUUUUGCGAAACAGAACCAGUGCACUCUUAAAAAGAACACAAAGGUCAGUAGUGUGGCAUCUGCAUGUCCUGCAGCUGGUACCCAGCAACAAACGGAUGCACAGACACAGACACAACGUGCACGUCAGGCUGUGUCUCCUGCAACCAAGCCUGCACCACCACCAUCAAAACCUCAGGUAAAAGUCAAGCCACAAGUCUUGAGAAAGCCAGUUCUGCCAGCAGCACCAGUUCAACCCUCACCAGAACCCAUUCGUAAGGAUAGGCCUACCUCUCAGGAACAACAUGCAGCUGACUGAAGAGGCUGUAGUUACAGUCUGUUGAAUUGGUGCUAAAUUGUUUGCACUAAUACAGGAAUUAUACUAUAGUCAUCCUCAAGAUACAGUAAAGAUGUACCUUCAGAUUUCUUUUAAAAAAAAAUAAAACUCUUGCUUUGUGAACUUGGAUCCACAGCUGCAGUUAUGGCCAUGUACAGACAAUACUCAACAUAUAUGUAAUUUGCAGUGUCUCAUGGUGGCCUUGCCAAUUGGUGGUGCCUGGUACUCCCUCCUUGCUAAAGUAAUAUAGUAGU